UCUGCUCCUUUUUGCUAACGCAUUAGCCUUGUGUCAACCAGCUAGCAAACAGUGACAGGAAAACGGUAGUAAACCCAAAACCUUCAACCCUUUUGGCGGAGACAUGGGGAAAAAGCACAAGAAACACAAACCGGAAUGGAUUACAGUUGCUGACUUUGAAGACAAGGCUCUCGAGAAGCCCCUCAAGAUCAAGCUCAAAGUUGGAGGAAGCGAGGUGACGGAGCUCCCCGGCUCGGGGCUGGACUACGACGACAGGUCGGACCACGAGCGGGAGCGGCACAAAGAGAAGAAGAAAAAGAAGAAGAAGAAGUCCGAAAAGGAUAAGGACAAGUAUGUGGACGAGGAGGAGAGAAGGCGAAAGAAGGAGGAGAAGAGGAAGAAGAGGGAGCGCGAGCAGAACGAAUUGGAGGCUGCGGCCGCGGCUACGGCUGCUGGCACACCGCUCGAGGAACCAUUUACUCUGUCAAAGAGCAUAAGCAUUGGAUUAGAGUUACAUCAGCCAGAGGAGAAAAAGAAGAAGAAAGAAAGGUUUGAGGUAGAGCCCGAAGUGGAGGAGUUUCACCCCAGCGUGAAGGUGGAAGCGGAGCAGCCGGGGGACCGACCAGUCAGAGCGUGCCGCACACAACAAGAGAAUGAGUCCACCCCUCGCCAACAGCUGCUGGAACACUUUCUGCGGCAGCUGCAGAGGAAGGAUCCCCAUGGAUUUUUUGCAUUCCCGGUGACGGACGCGAUCGCUCCUGGUUACUCGUCAAUCAUCAAACAUCCCAUGGACUUCAGCACCAUGAAAGACAAGAUCAGGAACAACGAAUACAACACAGUGACUGAGUUCAAGGCAGACUUUAAACUGAUGUGUGACAACGCCAUGGUGUACAACCGGCCAGAGACGGUCUACUACAAGGCCGCCAAGAAGCUGCUCCAUACGGGGUUCAAGAUGAUGAGCAAGGACCGACUUUUGGCCCUGAAGCGCAGCAUGUCGUUCAUGCAGGAAAUGGAUUUCACGCAGCAGGCGGCUAUUUUAGGAGACGAGGACCUGACUGCUGACCUCCCUCCUCCAGAAACGAUCCCCCUCCCUGUAGAAUCUGCAAAAAAAUCCAGAAAACAACCAGCUAAAGACAUCAACUACCUGUUUGAGCCGGAGGGCAACGCUUGCAGCCUGACCGACAGCACAGCCGAGGAGCACGUUCUGGCUCUGGUGGAGCAUUCUGCGGAUGAAGCUCGCGAUCGGAUCAACAGAUACAUGCCGAACUCCAAGAUGGGUUAUUUACGUAAAGAGUCGGACGGCACUCUCCUGUACACCGUUGUCAACCAACUUGAUCCCGAUGCUGAAGAAGAGGAGACCCAUAAAGUGGAUCUUAGUUCUCUGUCAAAUAAGCUUCUGCCCGGCUUAACGACACUAGGGUUCAAAGACGACCGCAGACAUAAAGUGACGUUUCUCAGCAGCGCCUACAACGUCCAGAGCCUUCAGAAGAACUCCGUCUUUCCAGACCUGCAGUCCGACGAGACCGACAUGCUUUAUUCAGCCUACGGGGACGAGACGGGGGUUCAGUGUGCUCUGAGCAUACAGGACUUUGUGAAGGGCUGCGGAGGCGUCACCAAGCGUUGGGUCGAUGAACUUCUGGACAAGAUGACCGGAGGCGAUCAUUCGAAAGCCGUCAGUCAGAUUCGACAGAAAAGAAACAUAAUGGUGAAAGCUGACGAAACCAAGUCUAGCAUCUGUGACAUGCAGAUGUCGGACGCCGCUGGCCUCGGCGAGAGCGGCUCAGUGCUGGACUUCAUGUCAAUGAAGAACUAUCCUGAUAUGUCCCUGGAUAUUUCAAUGCUCAACCCAUUAGCAGCAGGUAAAACCGUGAAAAAAGAGCCAGGGAACGAAGAAGGCCACCAGCAUUACGACGACGCCGAUAAACUCCUGCAGGAGUUCCAGGAGGCUCAGGUCGAAAGGGUUUGCUCCAGACCCUCGUCCAACCUCUCCUCGCUUUCAAACUCUUCCGAAAGAGACCAACACCACUUAGGGAGCCCGUCACACCUGGGCGUCGGCGACCAUUCGGAAAUGGUUCACGAUCCCUACGAGUUCCUGCAGUCUCCAGAACCAGAGGGCUCAGCCAACAGCUGAUCAGGCCACACAGACCAGCCGUUAUGCUGUGGUGGACAGCACCAGUGUCCCGCUGAUCUAACACCGCCGAGGCAGCAGGAUUUGUUUAAAGACUGAAAAUGAAUGUACAGACUGUAUUGUAUUUGUAUGUUUUUGUAUCAAGGCAACCCUUCGAGAAUAAAAAUUCCCACCCGCAUCCA